UCCAAUUCUAAUUUCAAACUCCCAAUUCUCCCCAAUCAAACACCCUUUAUAUUUUAUUUGUUAUCAAGUGGAACGCUUUCCGCUUGUCUUAGCCAAAACAGUGUCACAUUUCCUAUGUCCGAUCCCCAGGUGGCUGGAUGGCUGGAUAAGGGUUAUCCCGUGGCCUCCAGGUAUAACAAUGUUAUUUUAACAUCAAUUGGAUCUUCAGCUGUUAUCGACGUGUUACCAAGAGCUUCGUACAUGGUUUUUAGUGCCACGGCUUACAUGCACGUGGCAACGCCCAUGCAUCAACGUGGCCAAAAAUGCUAGCCUCUCUCGGGGUAUAAAUCCCAAAAAAAAGCCUCAGACGGCUUUCCGUUUCAUGGACAUCACCAGCUGAUCAGUGCCGAGGAGGAGUUUGUGUGUAAAGCUCAAGGUAAAGCACGAGACAGAGAAAGAGAUCAAGUAAUUAAGUAAUUAUCGGAACAGUAUGUCAGGGGCGCAAGGAGCACAGCCCAAGGGGUCGUUGACGGCGACGACAUACGAAUCGGUGCAGGAAGGGGAUAACAGGACGAGGACAGGCCUCCGCUCCGAUAAGGACGAGGGUCCCAUCCAGAUCGACAACCUCCAGGACAAGGUCGACGAUGCCGCCGGCAAGGGUGGCCCCGUGUUUGGUGCCGGAAAGGAGGAGGGCAAAGCCGACCUCGGCGUCACCGGCACCGGUUGAACAACUAAAAGGCUGCUGCAAAGGUCGAUCUUUGCAACGAAGAUGGUUUCGGUAAUUACUUGUUAAUUAUAGUAGCCUGCUUGUAAUAAUAAGCUAGUGUGACUUGCUUUCAGAUACUAGAAGUUACAGAAGAGGAACGUAAUAAACUCGCCACCUCCAUUCUGUGCGUCGCACCUCA